AUGUCCGAAGCAAAUACCGGAUUGGAGAAAAUCGGAGAUCGGAUUGGGCCAGACACGGGAGGCUUGGAUUUGUUGAUUAUCUUCAAGGGCAGUCUAGCCUAUCACAAGACUCCCAUCAUCUUUAACCCACUAAACCAUGGCCAAGGGCUUAUCGCCAAGGAUCGAGAGAGCGACUUCGGCCUCGACUUGGACCCCGACCGCUUCUCUGCGACCGCACAGCAUGUUAUCAAGCUCCAGAUAGCUGAGAUCAUGUCAUCACCAAACCCGGCCUCUCCAGAGGAAGCUGUAGAGGAAGCCAUUCUAGAUCCCGAGACCCCUGAGAAACCCACCGAAGACAACGAUGAAAAAGAAGCACCAAAGUCGGCACCGCCCGCUGCGGCCCGCGGUCGCCCGCGUGCCAAAUCAACAAGAGAGCCAACACUUCUUCAUGAUUUCCUCUUGGGCCGACCCUCAAGAUCACGGCAGGCGGCUGAGCGCCAAAGGAGAAUGAGCUUGGAGGCCGUCAAGGCCGAACUGCGACAUGAAAUGAAGCAGUCGCAAGUGAAACGUGUCCCACCUCCCAACGGCGUCAGAGAUCGAGUCAAGAAAUGGCAAAAAGCCAACGCUGCCGCUAUGGAACAGACGCCAGAUGAUGCAGCGACCGAACCACCCGAUGUUGCAUUUGAUGACGAGGAUUUCCAAAGUGUGACUGAAGAGGACCGGAUCCGUAUCAAGCUGAGGAAGAAGUCCAAACCACCCAACAACAGGACCAAAGAGAGUCUGCCCAUUGAAGAAGAGGAGGUUGCGCCGGAAAAGACACCCAUCAAAACUCCUGUCAAGACACCCGAGCCACCACCGCCAGUGGUAACACCAAAGAUCGCAACACCAAAAACGCCGACACUGAAAACACCAAUAAUAAAAACGCCAACAACAAAAACACCUCUACCAAAAACCCCCACAGCAGCAAAACAAGUAAACCCGCCGCCUAAGAAGCGUGUUGUUAGCGAUGAGCAUUGGAGAAAGAAUCGCAAACACGGGGCAAAAAAGACAUCCCCUGCCAAGAUCCCUGCCCCAACCAAAAUACCAAAAGACUUCAUCUUUCGCACCCAAGCUAAUCCCAAGGUUGCCAGUAGAGUCAAGGCUUGGGCAGAGAUGGUUGAAAUUCCGGACCCACCAGCACCGAGAAGUCACAAGUCUUCCAAAUCAGUGGGUGCAAGACCGUGGAUGGAUGAUACAGAUAGCGACUUUAUGAGUGACAGCGAGUUGACAGUAAGCAACGUCACCAGCAGUCGAGUAACCGCGCAACGGUCUGCGAAGUCAACACCGGCACAUGAUGACGGGAUUCGAGUCAAGCCCGUGCGGAAGAAGAGACAGAGUGGUGAUGGUAUUCGGGUUAGAGCCAUGAGAACGAAUCUCACUGACGACGAAGGAAUUCGAGUAAGACCUAUGAGCGACAUCUCGUCCAAUGCCGGAAGUACAGUGCGGAGUGUAAGAUUACGGCUCAAAUCUGCUCCUAGCUCGCGAAGACCUAGUAUGAGCUCCGUGAGAAAGGAAAUGAAGAAGCAAAUGACAGACACUCCCAAGAGCGUUGGUGCAGAGAACGCCGAGGCAUUGAGCAAGAAGUUGAGCGAAGCCAUCGAGGAUGGCUCAGAGUUAUCCAAGACAACGAGGACGAACGAUAAGUCAGAUCUGUCAAAAACGGCACCCAUCGAGGUUCUGGAAGAUGGUUCCGCGGUUGAUACUCCUACGAAGAAGAGAGCUGCAUCAUCGAGCAAAUCAAAGCCACGACCCAAGAGUUACCAGCCUCCUACGGCCAAGCAAAAGGGCAAGGAGACAUGGGUACCUGAUGAUGAUUCUACUAUAGAGCCAUCCCAGCUUGAUGGAUCAGAUUUGUCUUCUAGUCUCUUGGCAAAGUCCAUAGCAGAUAUUCCUGGGGACAUUCCAUGGGGCAACUCUGCUUUUACUGAACUCGAUCUUCCUCUACGUGCUCGUGGAGGGCCGCUUCGAAGCCGCCCCAUCCGCCCUGCUAGACCUGCCAAACCUGAAAGAAACACGAGCUUCAAAAACAUGCCCAAGGUUUUCAAGAAGGUCAUGGAAGGUGCCAACAAGAUGAUUCAUGAAAUCAACGAGCAUCCUCCUCCAAGGGAUGCUGUACCUAACAAGCCAACAAGCAUUGAGAAGUGGCUUAAUACCACUGUCGACCCUUUUGUUGAGGAGCCUAAAGCAGAGCCACCCACAACUCCUUUGAGUGAGGACAUGACAGAUGAACCGUCUUCACCUGAAACGAUCAAGAGCCAUCAUCGUACAUCUCGUGUCGAGAAGAGAAAAGUGUCUUCUGCAUCCACAAGCAAGACAGAAACAGCGGAUAAAGCUAUUCCAAGUGAGCCGUUGCCAGCGACUCCAGAGCCAGUACAAGAGCCUGCGAAUAAGAAACCUCAACCAACUCCUUCGCCGAAACCUACACCUGCUAAGGAACCAACACCAGAGCCUGAGCUCCCGAAGAAAACUACCCCCAAACCUGAGCCUAAACCUGAACCAAAGUCUGACCCUGAACCUGCCCGAGAACCUUCUCCAGAGACAAUCACAGAGCUCUCGACAGACCUUUCGACGGAUCUUUCAACUGAGCUUCCAGCACCAUCGCCAGUGUCGUCUCCUGAACCAGACUCCAAGACCAAACCGAAGCGUCAGGACACAAAGUACCCCGCAAAGACAUCAGGCCUCACAGGCUUGAAGAGAACCAAAGCGACACGGAGCACGCCUCCUCCUCAGAAGUCUGGUCCCAAACACUCGCUUUUUGGUAUGCUGAAGGAAGCAUUCACGGGCGAAUCAGUAAAUUCUCUUCCCAAAGUGAAGCCUUACCAAAGUCGAGAAGAACGACCAUAUGACGAUGAGCCUCAAUCAGUAUAUGCCGAUUCUAGAUACAAUGACUCUCGCUACGAUGAUUCGAGAUACGAGGAGUCCAGAUACGAUGAUUAUCGAUACGAGGAUUCCCGUUAUGACGAUGAACGCGCUUACGAGGACUCCGAAAAUUGGACGGAAACUGAGCUAUCCAAGACUGAAAAGUUGAGAAGCGUCAGAUCUGCGUCUCCCGAAGAAGAACGGAAGACACCGAAACCCCAAAAGACACCAGAGCCCCCACAACAAAUUCAAGAGCAGACCGAGGAACCCGAACAGUCUGGGGAUGCUCGAGCGGCUCUGCCGUCAACGCGUAUGGCGGGGCCGCGUCUCCCACCGCCAACUAGGGGUCAAUAUGAGUUGUCAACAAUCCUUUCCGAGGAGGGCUCUAGUGCUGUCGAAUCGGAUCUAACGACCGAUGUCACCCAAUCCACUCUUACGCAAUCCACAGGUUUCACAAAAGGUAGUCGGCGUUCGAAUUCGCGUUCGAACUCCAAGAACCAAGGUUCUGGUCUCAAGAGGCGUCUGACACGUCACUCGGAUCUUGUAUCAGUUCUCUCACUUCCCGACGAUAAAAACGUGCCCAGCGCCAUCAUAAGUAACCGCUCACGACCAAGUAUGCGAAAAGCCCGAGGUGGGGCUAACGAUGUGACGAAUGACGAUCUGCUCAAGGAAUUCGCCGAAGAUGAAAGUCUUUAUCUUAGAGAGUUGAAGACAUUGGUCUCUGGUGUUAUUCCAGUUCUUCUACAGCAGGUCGUUAAUGGCGACAAUGGAAACGAACUUUUCGGCUCUGGUGGCCAAGUCACCAGGGCAGACGCCCUUUCAAAGUCUGUCGUGAACAUGGGAGUUGCCCUAGAGAAGCUUCAGAUGGCCCAUCGCAAGGCUCCCAUUCAAGAUAUUCGCCGACUUGCAUCAUGGGGCCAUGGAGUCGUGCCCAUCUACCACAAGUACUUGGACGCUUGGAGACUGGGCUUCCAAGAUCUCGUCGUCAAUCUCGCACCAGUGGCCGGAGUGUUGGACGAUGAAGAUUCUCUCGUCGGUGCUAUGCCACGGAACGAUGCUGGCGAUAUUAUUGAUGCCGCGGGAGAGCGGGUUGACGUGGCCCAUCUGUUGAAAAGACCUUUGCUCCGACUCAAGCAAAUCACCAAGUUCUUCAAAUGUGUUGACUCCAUAAUUGGGACCAAUGACACUUAUGAUCUUUUGAGUGACUUUGAAGAUCUACAAGAAAAGGCCCGUCGACGACACCGCGAAGAGACGGCCAGAUUGACAGAUGAAGAUGCAAUCAACACCGAUACUACCAGAUCGCGCGACCUGCGAACCCUUGGUCCCAUGGAUGAUGUGUACAUCGAGCCAUCACGACAAGUCAGCGCCAAGGACUUUUUCUCUCUAGACUUGGCGCACUCCAAUGGUCAACGUUUGGAGUGCCAGGUUGAGUUGGUGCACCGAGACAACCAGCGCUAUCCUGAAGACAAGGGUGACUUAUUGAUCCGUGAAAAUGGUGUCAAGGGUCGAUCAUACCUCCUGUUCCCACCGGUUCCUAUUGAAUUGAUUUCAGCCAGAACAGGAGACGGAAACUUUGACAUGGUUAUCAUGAUACGGGGAACACAUAAUGACAGGCCAUGGCAUGAGCUACUCACACUCACGACCGAUAACGAAGAUCAGAUUCUGGACUGGCUCGACAUCCUCCCUGUCUCCCCCGUACCCCCAAGAGAGCCAGAGCCUAGUGUAAUUGACGAUGACGAACCAUACUCGCAAUCUCGAAUGCAGGAUGUCCCAGUGGGCGUUCGAGGAUCUUCUCGCAAAUAUUCGGCUCAAUCCCUGCGAAACUCGCAUUCCCGCCGCUCAUCUGCUGCUGAAUCACCGCCAGCAAGCCCAACCACACCCAAAAGGUCACUUCCAGCCAGAUACCGUCCUCGAUCAGCCUCACCAGUGACUUCUCCUCCUCUGAAGUCUCCUGAUCUCUAUGAUUUGGCAAACCAGUACGAUUACCAACUCGAGGAACGGCCCAUGACCUCUCAGAGUAUGCAGCCUGAUCCUCUCAAUAUCCGCAAGAGUGACGUAUCUUCACGAGAUGAUGGCGCACCACCACCACCAGCUCAUCGAACCUUUAGUCCCAGUCCUCAACCUACGGCCAAGUCCAAGUAUUCCAAGCCCCCUCCUCUGGAGCCUCCAACGAAUAGUCGUGUCAAGCGUCGCACAUCCUCUCCGCUUAAGCAUGAAUACCUACCUUCGGACCAGUCAUCGAUAUCUGGCACUUCUGUUACAGAAGGAAGUUAUGAGAACACCGAGGAGGAGGACUACACCGAAUCAGACUACAGCUACGAUACUUCCGACGAUGACGAUAUUGAGAGCGUUGAUCUGCCUGAGACCGAGCUAGGAGUUAGUAUCAGGGAUGACGCCAGAUCUCGGGACUACGCCAGAGAUGAGCUGGAGACCUUGCAUGAAGAAGAAUAUCCCGAAGACGAGCCAAAACGUCACCAACUCCAUGAAUCCAUCCUAUCAGGCCCAGCAGAUAGCCUGACACCUUCCAACUCUGCCUCUCAAGCUGGCCUAUACGGGCAAAAGAUGGCGCCGGAGGAGAACGUCCAAAGAUACAGUGCCAUGAUUUCAAGGUGGUCUGACAAGGGCAUGUGGAAAAAUAUUGCGGCAGACAACCUUUCAAUCAUCGUCACUCCUGGAUUGAUUGAGGCUUACGCUGUCCACAGCGGAGCUGAGCAAGGGGACAAACCAAUGCUUGCGCUUGAUCUCACUCCGUUGGUGCUUAUCCGUCAGAGCACUGCUGUCGAUCUUGAAAUCCGCUCCUCAGUUAGAUCGGACUGCCAUCUCGCUAACUCCCACAGCGGAGGAAACUUCCGUUUCCGAUGCUACAACGGACCUGACUGUUACAACCUUUAUAUGUCUGUUCACCAUUCUCGUCUCAACAACCAAAAGUUCAUCCAACUUGAAAACGAAGCACGAUUCAGUAGCUUCGGUGAGCACAAGCCACCUGUCGCGAAUGAUGAUACCAGCAGCCGACGACGAAGCUGGUUUAGUCGCAAGAACAGCUACCGUGGUUCAGUUCGUGCACCUACUCAAUCUUACGAUGGUGCAAGCACUACUCCCUCAUCUACCCUCUCCGCCUCCAGCUUCCUCAAGAGACUCACUGGACGCGGACUCCCCUUCAGCUUGGCCCGUUCCUCCGUGAAGCGCAAUAGCCGCUAUGGUGGCAGCAACACUCCCGGAUCUUCUUCCUAUGGCGGCAACACUCCCCGCUCACCCUCCAUUAGUGUUGAGAACAGCGGUCGCGGACCCUCUAGCUUUGGAACAGAAGAUCUCAAGAUCCGGCUGCACCUUCUCGUCGCAGCCGCCAAAUGGGAGGACUUUGGCAACUGCAAGCUCUCCAUCCGACGACCUCCUCCAGGCUGGCACCAGGCUCUCCGUGCCGACCACGGUUUGGAAAAGCGCGUAACUGUUACUACUAUUCCACGCAAGGACUCAGAGAAACCAAAGAUCCUGCUGGACGCCGUUCUGGGCAGCGGUUGCUUUACGGCAAUGGGCAGCCGCGGUAUUGUCUGUGGUGUCUGGGAGGAGAUGAAAGACAGCAACGGCGUUGUUGGCGUUGUUCCGGCUACGGGCCCGACAGGCGGCAAUGUCAAGAAGUGGUGCUUCCAGUGCGCCAGUGUCGCCGAAGCAAGCUGGGUGCUAAGACUUGUUCACCAAGAAGUCAUGACCAUCUAA